AUGACUUCGGAGCCAUUCACGUUGAGGUGGGGUAUCUUGGCAUUCACAAAAGACCUUCUCAUCAACCCCCAAACCCGCGAUGCAUCCGAUAUCCGUCAUGUCGUCGCAGCAGCAGCAUCUUCCACGUCGGCAACUCGUGCCAAGGAAUUUCUUACAUCUGUUGGCGCACCCGACACAGCACGCGCCUACGGCUCAUACACAGACCUCGUCUCCGAUCCCAAUGUCGACAUCAUCUACAUCGCCACCCCCCAUUCCCACCACUACCACCACGCCCGCCUCUGUCUCAACGCCGGAAAACAUCUACUCGUUGAGAAACCCAUCACUGUGAAUGCGGCGCAAUGCCAGGAACUCAGGAAAUUAGCGAAAGAAAAGGGCAGGUUCAUGAUGGAAGCCGUAUGGACACGUUUCUUCCCUCUUUCACGGGAAGUCUGCUCCAUCAUUAAAGAAGGAAAACUUGGGGAGAUAAAGCGUGUAUUCGCCGACUUUAGUUUCUGGAAUGACGUGAACAAGGAAUUCGGGACGGAGCAUAGGAUGGUGAAUCCUGAUCUCGCGGGCGGCGCGUUGUUGGAUUUGGGGAUUUAUAGUUUAACGAGAAGAGACAAGAACCCGUUGUGA